AUGAAAAUUGACAAUCAACAAUUAUUGCACAGAAACACAUAUGUUUCGGAAGAGCAAGUGAUGCUGAUACCUCAAAUAGCAGAAGAGCAGGAGAUGCCAAUUUAUGACAUUACAAUGGAAAAUGAAAUUGCAAUUCCUGUGGAAGAUCAACACAUUGAAUCACUAGACACUAUUGAAGGAAGAAAAAGGAAAGCAAAAGGAAAGGAGCACUUUGAGUUCUAUAUUGACAGGUCAAGUAACACGAGAUACUCUUUGGUAUGUACUGAUGAAAAGUGUGGUUGGACUGUUCGAGGUUCAAGAAUUAAGGAAUCAACACUUUUUAAAAUAGUUAAAUUUCAGAGAACACAUGAGUGCUCGGUUGAUAUUAGAAAGUCACAUCAAAGACAAACAUCUUCAAAUGUGAUUAGAGAUUACAUGAUUGACAACUUAAGGGACAUAGCUACUGAAGUAAAGCCUAAGUUUGUCAUUUCAGAAAUGAAAAGAGCACAUGAGAUAGAUGUUGGUUAUGGAAAAGCAUUGCAUGCUAUUCAAAAAGGGUUAUCUUUAUUAAGAGGAACAACUAAACAGAAUUAUGAGCAACUGCCAUCAUAUUUGUAUAUGAUCGAACAAAAAAUCCAGGAUCAUAUACUAAUAUUCAGAGAGAUGCAGAAAACAGGCAUUUGGACAUCUGUGGAGGAAUUUAUGGCCAAAAUAUUAAGACCUGUCACUGCAGAAUACAAGAAGCCUGUGCGGCCGCGGUUGAUUUUGUGCGGUCCACAUAGGGCAUCUGAUGGUAGUAUAUUUGGACGGUUUGUUUACAUGUUUUUUAUGUACGGGGAGUCAAUUUCUGGGUGGAAGUAUUGUAGACCACUUACUUCUGUUGAUGGAACAUUUCUAAAAAAUAAAUAUAAAGGUAUUCUGUUAGUGGCUUUUACAAAAGAUGCAAAUAACCAGAUUUUCCCUAUAGCAUUUGGGGUAGCGGAUUCAGAGAAUAACGAAUCAUAUGAAUGGUAUUUCAGAGAAUUAAGAAAAGCAAUUGGGAUUCGUAAAAAUUUAAUGUUUUUGUUAGAUCGACACAAGGCCAUUUCAAAAGUUUUCCUUGAGUGCUACCAUGCUGCUAUUGAUAAGAAAACAUUCCAUUAUUUGAUGGAGGAACCACCAGGAAAGUGGGCUCGUUCCCAUUGUCCAAGACGACGAUAUGAUAUGUUAACAACAAAUAUUGUUGAGUCAAUGAAUAAUGUUUUGAGACGUGCAAGAGAAUUGCCACUUUUAACAAUGAUGGAUUUCAUACAAGAAAAAAGGCAAAGCUGGUUCUAUGAAAGAAGGACAACUGCAAAAGGAAUAUUCCGUGAGAUAUCAAAUUGGGCAGAAGCAACAUUGAAAGAAAAAAUUAAACCAGCUUUUACAUUUAGAGUAUUGCCCAUUAAUCGACUCAAAUUCAAUGUCAAAGAAGGGGGUCUGGAAUUUAUUGUUGAUCUAGACAAAAGAACAUGUGAUUGUUCUGAAUUUCAGCUAGAUGAGAUACCCUGUGAACAUGCAAUUGCUGCAAUUGACAGUAUAUAUCAAAAGAAAUCGUCCUUUUGCUCGGCUUAUUAUUCAAGGGACUUUUGGUUGAAAACAUAUGAAGGACAAGUAAAUUCUGUAGGUGAUUCAACAACAUGGGUUAUACCAGACACUAUUAAAUCAGAAAUCAUAAAGCCUCUAGAUGCAAAAGUAAUGCUAGGAAGAAAAUAG